CGAGUUCUUUGUUGCUCACUUCUCUUCCUAAACAAUCGCGUCCGAGAGAUAGCUGACCGUGAAAUGUCCAGUACCCCUGCCGAAAAGGAGCACUGGCGCUUCGUGCUCCGUGCUUUUGACGGGUAUAUGCGCUACCAUCUGUCCGCCAACCAUGCUAGAAGAAUGGCCUUCAUCACUCUGCCGAAAGAAGAGAAGAAGGUCUAUGAGCUGAUUGGUUAUCGGGAGAAACUAGAAGCGGUGGACGAAGGAAUCCGACGCAAUUCUGACUUUAUUGAUGAGAUGAUUGCCAAUCCUGUGUUCUCGGACAUACUUUCAAGCUCGGAAGGUAGCCAAUGUACUCCUGGAGACCACACGCAUUCUCAAGUAGAUUCUUCGCAUGAUCAUUCACAGUCUGCAUCAUCCACCAACUCCCACUCCCACUCUUACUCGUCACCCAAAUCCCAAUCCAGUAAUACGGAGGGAAAACGAUCUCCAGAGUCGGAUAUCGCCCAAGAUAAAGUACGUUCGACUCUGCGAAGCUUCGUCCGUGACUGGACCAAGGAAGGAGAGGAUGAGAGAAAUGCCUGUUAUGCCCCAUGCUUGGAAGCUCUCGAACGCUACUUCCCUAAAAAAAAUUAUGCUGGCGAAGAAAAGGUGGAAAUAAUGACCGAUGGAGAAGAGUCGAAGCUUUGCAGAAUGGCAAGAGAAAGAUCAGAGGUCAAAGUCUUGGUGCCAGGGUGCGGGCUUGGAAGAUUAGCAAUGGAAAUAGCUGCUCGUGGAUUCUUUUCCCAAGGUAAUGAGUUCAACACAUAUAUGUUGAUCGCCUCCGACUGGGUAUUAAAUCAGACAACGAAUGCUGAGUCUCAUGCUAUCUUCCCAUUCUUGCACUCUUUUUCGAAUCAUCCCACUACUGAACAUCAUCUUCUUCGCUCUGUGAGGAUCCCUGAUGUUUGCCCAGUUGAUAUUUUCGGCCAAGGUCGACCUGGCCCGUUCUCACUGGUGGCAGGGGAUUUUGAAGAAAUCUAUAGGCCGAAAAACUGGGGUUUAGAUGAGAGCAAAAAACACGAGCCUGAAGAACAGGAGGAUCAUCAAGGGCAAUGGGGUGCUGUCGUGACUUGUUUCUUCAUCGACUGCGCUCGUAAUGUACUCAAUUAUCUCCGAAUCAUCCACUCUCUGCUAGCAGAUGAUGGGGUCUGGAUCAAUGUUGGUCCCCUUUUGUGGCAUUUUGAAAACUCGCCUACAACGUCGGCGAAGGGGGAAGGAAGCAUCGAGCUAAGUUUGGAUGAGGUUAAGGAGCUAGCUAGAAGGAUAGGAUUUGACUUAAGGGAGGAAAAAAUGAUUAGGUCAACUUAUACUGGUAUCCCUGAGGGUAUGUUGAGGCACGAAUACAACGCUGCUUUCUGGGUGGCAACUAAAAGGAAGGCCGUGUGAAGCAUCCAAGGUUAAAAGUCUGUCUAUGGGGGAGCCACACAGCACAUUGCUUCGCACAUCUUUCGCUAGAAGUCAUGUAUGGUACAUGUAGAUUGGAUAUUCCACAGUCCAUCAUUUGUGGAGAUGUUUCAAACAUAAGAGCUUGCAUAUAAGAACCCAAAGAAAUAUGAA